CUCGACAAGGCCAGCGAGGUAGCGACAAAGUCGAUCUCGUCCGCCGACUAACAAAGCAAAAGCCAAGUUGCCGCUCGACGCCAUUACUCUCGGGAGCGUAACACAUGGCGACAAAUCGGAGGAGGAGCGCGCUCGACGGUGAUAGGCGCCGCCUCAUCUUUGGAUCGCCACUUUUCGAUACAACGUCGAUGGGCAACUGCCAAGGCAACUGCGUCACCUUGGACCCGCUGCGGUCGCCGCCUCCACAAGUGCGGGACCCGAGUCUCUUUCGGCUCAAGCUCGGCUCGGUCGUGCAGUUCCGCGACCUCACGCUCUUGACGGCAGCGCCGGCGUUACCGCCGUGGGCCUCAGUCCACAGCGGGUACUACUACGGCGUACCCGUCCUCGUCAAGCAGCUCUCUCGCCCGUCGAGCGCAGUCGUCCAAUGCUUCAACUGCGCGGUGCGCCUCCUCGUGACACUGGACCACCCCAACAUUCUCGAAUUCGUCGGUGCGAGCCUCGAUGCGGGUCCCGCCAUCUACAUGGUCACGGAGCGACUGGAGCGCGGUGACUUGGCGUCGCUCUUGGCGAGUGCGACGCCGCUCUCGGUGACCACACGGCUCUCGAUGAUGCUCGACAUUGCGCGCGGCCUGCACUAUCUGCAUGCGCAGAGCCCACCGAUCGUACAUCGCAACGUCACGGCCCGCAACGUGCACAUCACGGGCGAUUUCCGCGCCAAAGUGGCAAACUUUGAUCUGUGCCAAGCCGACGCGCUCGUCGAGAAUGGGUUUGAUCUGGGGCUUCUCGUGGACGACGCCAAUGGCGACAAGAACGCGGCCAACGUCGAAGACAACCUCGUCGACGAGCUCGCCAACGUCUACUGCUACGGCCGCGUGCUCGUGCAUAUAGUGACAAGGCAGCGCACGACCGUCGACGAUGGGACGACGGGACAUAGCUACGAGAAGGACGCUAUUGGCGCGUGGCCCACCGACGUCUUGGGGCUCGUUGAUGCGUGCGCCCACCGCGUGCCGAGCGACCGGCCGACAUUUAGCGACAUUGUCGAUCGACUCGGCAGUCUUCUCAUUCGAAUGGAGCAGCUCGCAAUAGAAUGGCGUCUCGAUGACUGAAAAAGUAUUGUAUUUUAUUCGUGCUUGG